AUGCACCUUUCUGCAGCUGAACAUGGGUUUUCUGAGGAGCAAGUAGCUGAGUUGACGACAAAGCUCAAGGAGAGAGGUCUGGUCAAUUUCCUCCGAGAUUACCUUACGCCGACUGAACCUGAUGCACCUCAACCAUCUCUUCGUAAAUUGCUCUUGAGCUUUGGUUUCUUCCCGCCCUCUCACCUCCUGCAUACCACCUCCAAUGUUGCCUGGCUGCCCUACGCAAAGCUCGCACUCUCCCGCAUGCUGCGGCAUCGGCAAAAACUCCUGCAUAUCAACACUGUCCAAGAUGCCGUGAACCUACUACGAGACGCCAAAAAGGUCAUCGUACUGUCAGGUGCAGGGAUCUCCACUUCCUGCGGGAUACCAGACUUCAGAUCGGCGAGUGGACUAUACGCUCAGCUACAAGCGGAAGGAAAGUACGACCUGGAUGAGCCUCAGGACAUGUUUGACAUCCGAGUCUUCCGGGAGCGACCGGAAAUCUUCUACUCCUUCGCCAAGCAGAUUUACCCGAGUAACUUUACACCUAGCCCGUGUCAUCGAUGGAUCAGAUCAUUAGAGGACAGAGGCAUCCUUUUGCGCAACUAUACCCAAAACAUAGAUACUUUAGAGUCUAGCGCUGGAGUGAAGCGCGUCUUACAGUGCCAUGGCUCUUUCUCCACGGCCUCCUGCCUCAGGUGCAAAACGCGCGUGCCGGGCAAGACUAUCGAGCCUUACAUCAUGUCGCAGCAAAUACCAUUUUGCGGUACAUGCCGUCAAGCCAGAGAUGUUGAGAUCGCUGCUCGGCAAGAACGAAAAGAGGCAAAGAAAAGGGGCAAGGGGAAAGGCAAAGUAAAAGCGACAGAAUGGGACGACGACUCGGACAGCAGUGAAAUCUCAGAAUGGGGGGCGGAGAGCCGGCCUGACAUAGUGUUCUUCGGACAAGCUCUUGAUUCGGAAUUUGACGAGCUGCUCUUCUUGGAUCGAGAUGAGGUGGAUCUACUAGUAAUCAUCGGGACGAGCCUCAAAGUGGCACCGGUGGCGGAGGUUUUGACUCACAUUCCUCAUUCUGUGCCUCAAAUAUUCAUCAAUCUCACACCUGUCAACCAUGUCAAGCCAGACAUAUGUCUCAUCGGCGAUGCAGACAGCAUCGUUACUUACCUGUCUCACCAGCUGGGCUGGGACUUACCUCCCCCCACAGCGGUUCUCCAUUCUCCAAAAGCCGAUGGCAAGCCAGACGUGCAGCAUGAUGCGAUAAGAUUACCUACGAGAGAACCCCUCGAUCCGGAGGAUGUCGCUUGGAUCAGUGGAUCAGAAGAUCUGUAG